GAAGGUCAAGCAAGGGAGGCCAGGUGGCAGUUGUCUCAGAGUGAAGGUAUAUGGAUGAGGAUGUGGCUACGGGACCUUCACUGGAGUACCGUAACGUCCAGCAGUCAUCAUGCUCCUUCUCCUUUGUGUCGUCGUGGGCCUCGCCACCUCCAUCCACGGCCAGGAGGGGAACCCAGACGACUAUAUCCAUACGCUUGGCGCCACCAUCUGGGGAUUCUGGGGCCAGACGGAAUCUUGUGCCAAUGGAUCCUAUGCCUACGGUUUUGAAAUAAAAGUGGAGGAUGAGCACGGCCUUCUCGAGGAUGAUACAAGUGUUAACGCUAUCCAGCUGUUCUGCCGUACUCCUGAGGGCGUCAACACCGGUGAGGUCACCUCCUCCACCAUGAGCUUCGGCUCCUGGACCGGCGCCCAACUCUGUGGAGCCAAUUUCCUCAAUGGCUACGAUCUAAAGAGCCACGCUGACGAGGGAGCCAUCGGGGACAACACGGCCGCCAACGCACUGCGCAUGUACUGCAUAGACGAGUCGGAGUACCUGGAAGCCCCAGGCAACAAGUGGGGCCACUGGCUGGGGCCCUCCUUCUGCCGGAGUGGGAUGGCUGUGUGUGGCAUUAUGACUCGGGUGCAGGAGGACCAGGGAGGCCUCAGUGAUGACACUGCCCUCAAUGACGUCAGGUUCCUCUGCUGUGACCUCCCUGCUUGAUACUACAUGCAUCACAUCUCUUAUAAGUUUGAAUUAAAGAAUACCCUAUGUA